CGGGAGCCCCACGCAUUGCCGCGGGGGAUCUCAGCGCGCACGUGUGUGUGCGGGUGGGUGUGUGUGUGAGUGAGUGUGUGUGGACACAGGAUCAUACACCAGGACACAUUCCAGGUGAACUCCGAGCUGAGCACAGCAGACUGUGGGGAUGGCGUCUACGUCGAAGAAACUCAUCCAGCACGUGAUGAAGGAGGAGCCCAUCGGCUCCAGGAACAAGGUGACGGUGGUGGGAGUCGGCAUGGUGGGCAUGGCCUCCGCCAUCAGCAUCCUCACGAAGGAGCUGGUGGACGAGCUGGCCCUGGUGGACGUGAUGGAGGACAAGCUGAAGGGGGAGGCUCUGGACCUGCAGCACGGAGGGCUCUUCUUGCGCACCCCUAAGAUCGUGGCUGACAAAGACUACAGCGUGACGGCCAACUCCAAGGUGGUGGUGUUGACCGCUGGCGCCCGUCAGCAGGAGGGCGAGAGCCGACUCAACUUAGUGCAGCGCAACGUGAACAUCUUCAAGUUCAUCAUCCCCAACAUCGUCAAGUACAGCCCCAACUGCAUCAUCCUGGUUGUCUCCAACCCCGUGGACAUUCUGACCUACGUGGCCUGGAAGCUGAGCGGUUUCCCCAGGCACCGUGUCAUCGGCAGCGGUACCAACCUGGAUUCUGCCCGCUUCCGUUUCUUGAUGGGCGAAAGGCUACAGAUUCACCCCUCCAGCUGCCACGGCUGGAUCGUUGGGGAGCACGGAGACUCCAGCGUGCCCGUGUGGAGCGGCGUCAAUGUAGCCGGCGUCUCCCUGCAGAAGCUCAACCCAGACAUGGGAACAGAGAAGGACAAAGAAGACUGGAAGUCGGUCCAUAAGACGGUGGUUGAUGGUGCCUACGAGGUCAUUAAACUGAAGGGUUACACAUCCUGGGCUAUUGGUCUGUCGGUGGCUGACCUGGUGGAGACCAUGCUCAAGAACUUGCGUAAGGUGCACCCUGUGUCCACUCUGGUCCAGGGCAUGUACGGUGUGAAGGACGAGGUGUUCCUCAGCCUGCCCUGCGUGCUGGGGAACAGCGGCCUGACGGAUGUGGUGCACAUGACCCUGCAGCCCGAUGAGGAGAAGCAGCUGAUGAAGAGCGCCGAGACCCUGUGGGGCGUCCAGAAGGAGCUGACGCUGUGAGCUCGGCUUUAGAACCAAAGAACCUCAACCCUGGCCCUACAAUUACUCCUGGGUACCCCCAUUUGUUCAUCCAAAAGACACCCCUCCUUGUCUGUUCUUUCAACAAGGGGAAUUUCUGAUCUGCUGUUUUUUAUUUCCUAUCUUAUCAGCUCUUGGGCUUCCAUUCAUGAGCUCUGGUAAUGUUAUUCAUCAAGGUAAAAGACACAUACUGUGCAGACGUAUGUAUUUUUGAUGGUGGCUACACUGCAAAAACUCUCAAGCUGUUAACACACUCAUAUGCAUCUGAAUGCCCAGAAUGAAGCAAUCUGUAUAUGCAAAAUAAAGAAAAAGUCUAUCGCUA